AUGGCGGUGCCCGCCCCUGGGCGCGUGGUCGGCGAUCAUCCGUGGUAUGGGUUGGCAAAGGCGCUUCCUACACCUCUGCAUCUGGAUUCGGCCAAUGGCCAUGCAGAUGUCGUCAGAUAUCUGCUGAGAAAGAACAGCCAGCCCAACCUCGCUGACAACUUCAAGAGAACAGCCCUGAUGAAGGCAGUCCAGCAGGAGCAGGAAGAAUGUGUUGCUAUUCUGCUGGAACACGGUGCCGACCCGAAUCUGGCAGAUGCUGACGGCAACACUGCCCUUCACCUGGCUGUCCUCUCUAAAAACACAGCUGUAGCAGGGCUGUUACUGGAGCAUCAUGCCAAGAGUGAUGCUCAGAACCAGUGGGGAUUUACCCCCUUCAAACUUGCAGCCUUGCAACAGCAUGAAGAGAUUCUGGAGUGCCUUCUGAAAAAAGCAGCUGACAGGCCUGCUCAAGCCCAGGGGGAAAAGCUGCGGGAGGAGGAAGAAAAGCAUCUUCAGUCUGAGCAUUGUGUUCCUGACUUGAAGACUGCCUUGGAUGACAAGAAAAGAGAGGCAAUAACUUCUUCCCAGGAACUGCAGGACCUCCCAUUGGCAUCUUCGGAGACCAAUAAAACUCUAAACCAACUGGAAGAAGACGCGCAGCAGUAA